GCGUCUCCGUCGGCCCCGCGGCUCCCGCGCGCACUGAAGAUGGCGGCGGCCGCGGCGGGAAGGUUGCUGCGGGCUUCGGUUGCCCGACAUGUGAGUGCUAUUCCUUGGGGCAUUUCUGCCUCUGCAGCCCUCAGGCCUGCUGCUUCUCGAAGACCGUGCUUGACCAAUGUAUUAUGGUCUGGUUCCAGUCAAGCAAAAUUUGCCUUUAGCACCAGUUCCUCAUACCACGCUCCUGCUGUCACCGAGCAUGCGCCCUACUUUAAGGGCACAGCUGUUGUCAAUGGAGAGUUCAAAGACCUGAGCCUUGAUGACUUUAAGGGGAAGUACUUGGUGCUCUUCUUCUACCCUUUGGAUUUCACCUUUGUGUGCCCUACAGAAAUUGUUGCCUUCAGUGACAAAGCGAAUGAAUUUCAUGAUGUGAACUGUGAAGUCGUUGCGGUCUCCGUGGAUUCCCACUUCUGCCACCUGGCCUGGAUAAACACCCCAAGGAAGGAUGGCGGUUUGGGCCACAUGAACAUAGCACUCCUGUCUGACUUGACUAAGCAAAUUUCCCGAGACUACGGUGUGCUGCUGGAAGGUCCUGGUCUGGCCCUGAGAGGUCUCUUCAUAAUCGACCCCAAUGGAGUCAUCAAGCACAUGAGUGUCAAUGACCUCCCAGUGGGCCGGAGCGUGGAAGAGACCCUCCGCUUGGUGAAGGCAUUCCAGUUCGUGGAGGCCCAUGGGGAAGUCUGCCCGGCAAACUGGACACCGGAUUCUCCUACAAUCAAGCCUCAUCCGACUGCUUCCAAGGAAUACUUUGAGAAGGUGAAUCAGUAGAUCAUCCUACAUGCACCUGCAGCUUCUCAUACCAGAAAGGAACCACAAUCGGAACUCACUGUUAGCAUUUAAGAGAUUAUUUAUAGAAGGCAGAAAACCAGUUAUGCUUGUACUCAUAAAUAUUACUCUCGAUGUUUUUUGCAAUACUAGCUAAGGCUUUUUAAAUGUGGUGACUGUGUGGCUGCCCUUUCCUGGCAACCUCUUGAUGACUGGCUAGUGUAUAGAAUGCCUGAUUCUCCUGUUUCUUGGAUCAUGUCUUCGGUGAGAAAAGCAAGCUCUUCUUUCUUGGCCUUGCUUGAACCUUUGUAUGUAGCAGAGUAUUACACAAGCAUCGAAAACUUCUGAUCAAAGGUCCUGAAAUUUUCUUCUUGAAUUUCUUGUAUUAAACUGAAUUUUCUUUUAUAGCAAGAGAGAUCAUAGUUUAAGUUGUUCGCAUCAGUAGUCUGGUAGAAUCUGCAAUGUGUGUAUGUGUGACUGAAACAAAUGUGAAUCAUGUUUCUGAAAAAACACGGUGGCAAAGUGACUUAACUGAUCAUGCAUGUUCCCCAUCCCUAAGAUUUAUAGUUGAUAGUUAUUUUACUUAUUUUGUUAGCUGCCUUAGUAUCUACAUACAUUAACUGGGUAUAAUUAUAAAGGAUAUUUAUUGAAUCCAGGGAUUACAUUUUGAAAUCACUGUAUUUUUUUCUGAAGUGCUUGAUGUAAAGUAUAUCAUAAAAAAAUAAACAUUUUAAAAUACUUGCAUUUUUAACACCAUUGUUUAGC